CCUGGGAAAGUCCGGCCCCCGCUCCCUUAUUGUUUCCCAGAAGGGCUAUUUAUUUAUUUAACUAUCUUCAAUUAAAGUCCUUGUAAUACUUUCCGAUCUUUCUAUCUUGUGUUGGAAGAUAAAAUGCCCAGGCUGAAGAUGGGGGUUCUCUGAGAGGACUCUGUGCACCCCGGUGUGUCCGUGUGCGAAUUUCAGUAUAUGUUGAUAUUUGUAGGGGAGUGGAGCCAGCGUAUCCGAAGAUUCCAGGAAUGUGGAUAACUUUCACAUCUUCCAGAAAGAUCUGACAGGAACCCUGGGAAAACUGAACCAGGCUGCUUAUUUAGGGCUCUUCCUAGUUGAGGCCUGAUUUAAUGUAUCUGGGAAAAAUACUGUGUUCUUCCACCUGGAAGGUGAAGCGAUUGACAGAUGGAAAGAAUACAGUGGCUGCAGUACACCUUUUGUGGAAUGGACUGGGGGCUGAUAUCACAGAUGUAAAUGAAUGUUCCCUUUGGAAUCACGGCUGUUCUCUUGGAUGUGAAAACACCCCUGGAUCCUAUUAUUGCACAUGCCCAGUAGGAUUUGUUCUGCUUCCUGAUGGGAAACGGUGUCAUCAAUUAGUUUCCUGUCCAAGUAAUGCAUCUGAGUGCAGCCAUGGCUGUGUUCUGACAUCAGAUGGUCCUCUUUGUUUCUGUCCUGAAGGCUCCGUGCUUGCGACAGAUGGAAAAACAUGUAGUGGCUGUUCAUCACCUGAUAAUGGUGGGUGUAGCCAGCUCUGCGUUCCUCUCAGUCCGGUAUCCUGGGAAUGUGGUUGUCUGCCUGGGUAUGACCUACAACCGGAUCGGAAAAGCUGUGCAGCUGCAGGACCACCACCAUUUUUGCUGUUUGCCAAUUCUCAAGAUAUUCGACACAUGCAUUUUGAUGGAACAGAUUAUGAAACCCUGCUCAUCCAGCAGAUGGGAAUGGUUUUUGCCUUAGAUCAUGACCCUGUGGAAAAUAAGAUAUACUUUGCCCAUACAGCCCUGAAGUGGAUAGAGAGAGCUAAUAUGGAUGGUUCCCAACGAGAAAGGCUAAUUGAAGGUGGAGUAGACUUGCCAGAAGGACUUGCUGUGGACUGGAUUGGCCGUCGAUUCUACUGGACAGACAGAGGGAAAUCUGUCAUUGAAGGGAGUAAUCUAAGUGGAAAGCAUCGUGAAAUAAUCAUAAAGAAGAACAUUUCCCAACCACGAGGAAUUGCUGUUCAUCCAGUGGCCAAGAGAUUAUUCUGGACUGAUUUGGGGAUCAGUCCACGAAUUGAAAGUUCUUCCCUUCAAGGCUCUGAACGACUGAUCAUAGCCAGCUCUGAUCUGAUUGGGCCCAGUGGAAUCACGAUUGACUACUUGACUGACAAAUUGUAUUGGUGUGAUGCCCAGAAGUCGACGAUUGAAAUGGCCAAUCUGGAUGGUUCAAAACGCCAAAGGCUUGCCCAGAACGAUGUAGGUCAUCCAUUUGCUGUAGCUGUUUUUGAGGAUCAUGUGUGGUUCUCAGAUUGGGCUAUGCCAUCGGUAAUAAGAGUGAACAAGAGGACUGGCAAAAACAGGGUACGUCUCCGAGGCAGCAUGCUGAAGCCCUCAUCACUGGUUGUGGUCCAUCCAUUGGCAAAACCAGGAGCAGAUCCCUGCUUACAUCAAAAUGGAGGCUGUGAACAUAUUUGCGAAGGGAGAUUUGGAACUGCUCAGUGUUCCUGUCGUGAAGGUUUUAUAAAAUCACCAGAUGGGAACAAGUGCUUGUCUCUAAAUGCUGUUCAAAUGUGGGCAGCAGGUGGUGAAGCAGAUCCAAGUAACCAAGUAACACCAUUGGACACCUUGUUGAAGAGUAGAUCAUCGGAAGAUAAUGUUACAGAAUCUCAACACAUGCUAGUGACUGAGAUCAUGGUGUCAGAACAAGAUGACUGUGCUCCUAUGGGAUGUGGUGGUCAUGCUCAGUGUGUCUCUGAGGGAGAGGCCGCCACGUGCCAGUGUUUGAAAGGAUUUUCUGGGGAUGGAAAACUCUGUUCUGAUAUAGAUGAAUGUGAGAUGGGGAUCACAGUUUGCCCUCCUGCCUCCUCCAAGUGCAUCAAUACAGAAGGUGGCUAUGUCUGCCACUGCUCGGAAGGCUACCAAGGAGAUGGGAUUCACUGUCUUGAUAUUGAUGAGUGCCACUUGGGGAUGCACAGCUGUGGAGAGAAUGCCAACUGCACAAACACGGAGGGAGGCUACACUUGCAUGUGUGCUGGCAGUGUUUCUGAACCUGGACUAAUUUGCCCUGAUUCUGUUCCACCAUCUCAGCUCAAGGAAGAUGAGCCCUCUCCAGGCAGAAAUAGUUACCCGGGAUGCCCCUCAUCACAUGACGGGUACUGCCUCCAUGGUGGCGUGUGCAUGUAUAUUGAAGCAGUAGACAACUAUGCCUGCAACUGUGUGGUUGGCUACGUCGGGGAGCGCUGUCAGCAUCGAGACUUGAAGUGGUGGGAACUGCGCCACACUGGCCGUGGACGGCAGCGGGACAUCACUGUGGUGGCCGUCUGUGUGGUGGUGCUGGUCCUGCUGCUCCUCCUGGGCCUGUGGGGGGCUCACUCCUACAGGACUCAGAAGCUGUUAUUGAAACAUCCAAAGAAUCCUUAUGAAGAGUGGAGCAGAAAUGUGAGCAGCAGCAGGCCUACUGAUGGUGAGGCUGGGAUAUCUUCUUGCCCUCAACCUUGGUUUGUGGUUGUAAAUGAACAAGACCUCAGCAAUGGGAGUCAGCCUGUGGUGAGCCAGGAUGGCCAGGCAGCAGAUGCUGGGCACUUUUCCUCCCUGAAGCCUGAGUCCCUGCAAAUGACUCCAUGGAGGAAGGAGCCCCAGAUACAUGGAGUAGGCAUGGAGCAAGACCACUCGACUCCACCAUCAAGUGAUAAGGGGUCUGGCCCCCAGCUAAUGGAGCAAAGCUUUCAUCUACCAUGUUAUGGGGCACAGCCUCUUGCUGUGGGAAUUGAAAAGCCCCAUUUUCUCUUGUCUGCUAAUCCAUCAUAGCAGCAAAGGGCCCCAGAUUCCCCACACCAAAUAGAGCCAAAUCACUGAGAACUGGAAUUAAAAGGAAGGUCAAAAGGAACAAAACAUGUCUAGGGACUCCAUGAUUCCUUUCAAGAGGUAGAGGAAAACUCCAGAUUUUGGUUCCUUAAUCUCUACAAUAGAUCACCUGGAGACAGAUGUGUAGUUAGGUUUUUGUUUCUUCCUUCAAGCAAUCCCACCGCAGGUAUUCAAAUAAAAGUAACUGGAAGAACCACUAGGUAACUCAUUAGUAGCCAAAAUGGGGAAUGCUAGUGCUUCGUAACUGUGUUGUCUUCAACAGUCAAAAGAGAUAGAUUUUUUUUUUCCUUCCUGCAGCCUCAGAAGAAAUGUGGAGUUAGAACAGGAAAUCACAGUGGUUUGGUCAAUCAUAAAGUCCGUUUUUUUAUCUGGACAGAACAUUUAACUCCAUUUGAUGAAAUUGUUGGAUUAUUAUAAUUACUGUUAAGAUACUUCGUAGGCUUUAACUGCACAUUGAUGUGGUCCAUGCUAGUAAUUUUGCAGAACGAAUUGUGAUUAAAUCAGUGAAAAUCUGAUAACUUAGAACCUGAUUUCUUCAGAAUUAAGUGGCUUUUUUUUCCUAUUUUAUAAUCUUUGAAAAGAUUUAAUUUUGAAAACACUGUGUUUCAUAGUCAUUCCCGUGCUCCCCCACCCCCUGCAUUUUCCCCAGUGACAAUGGUAAAUUCUCUUUUGGUGUGUUUCUGUGGAAUUUUUACCUGUCUCCUAAUAUGAAAUUGUAAGCAAAUUGCUGAUUUAUUUUUUAUCAUGGAUUGCAGUUAAUUUCUUUAAUUAUUAAGAUAAAGUCAACAUAAAACAUAAACAUUUUAUUGUAUACUUGGUUAAGCAAUUAUAAUCCAAAGAGGUGUCAAACUUAAACCAAAGUAAUCUGUCAGGCUUGCUAUUGUAAUUUUUUUUUUCAGUUGAAAACUAUAACUUCACAAAGUAAAAUUUCACCUGGUGUUUUAAUUCAGUAUUUUUCUUGCAGCGAAGGCAUUGCUUCUACAGAUAACACAACUUGCCAAUUUCAUAAUUUUGGAUUGUUUGAGACUUGGGAUUGCCUUGUUUAUACGUUAAAUAGUCCCUUUGCUUGCCUUUAUCUUUUACUUUUCCUCAACUCCUUGGACUCUGGUUACAUAAGAAAACAGAAUAAAAAGGAAU